ACGAAAAUUCAAGAAAAUAUUUAAAAUAUUUUUUCAAUAAAAUUGAAUUUUCCAUAUUUGAAGUAUAUCAAUAAAUUAAAAGCAAAAUACCGAGUAAACGUUAAAGUUCAACAAUGUACAAUCAGUAAAUAUUGUCGGGUAGAAGCAUACAUUAUUGAUAACGUUAUCACACGUGGAGAAUAGAAGUGAAUCUUGCAAAUAUUAUUCAAAUAUAAAUGAAAAAAUUUUCUUAGAAAAAAAAGAAAAAGAAUUUUAAUAAUUAAGUUUGUAAAUCUUUUUUUUUUCUGUGAUUCAUAAUAUAGAGGAGAGCUUUUCUGGGUAAUUAGAAAGUUUUCACGACACAUUGGAUAUGUUUUGCUAAAUUGGACCGGAAGUUUGAAUAUAAAUGGUGUGGAGAGGACAAUAGUGCAAAAGAUCUUUUGAAUUCUACAGUGUGCAAUUAACCUUGUUUUGCCUCAUCCUUGAAGUCAAUUUGAUGUUGAGUCAUGUCACGGGCCGUUCAGUUUCUUGAAAAGAUGUUUUCUGUCAUGUGAUUUGAUUUCAUUUGCUGAGGAAUUUUCAUAUUUAACAAAAGAGGAAGUAGAAGAAGAAAGAGAGAAAAAAAAUGGGCAAACUUCUCAGUCUUUUGGCUCGGGACGAAUCGACUUGCUGCACUCCGCAAAAAUACGAUGUCUUCUUGGAUUUUGAAAAUGCUCAACCUUCGGAAAAUGAGAGAGAAAUCUUUGAAACGGUUCAAAGAGUCUUAAAAAAUUCCGAAUCAAUUUUGGAAGACAUUCAAUGCUAUAAAGGAGCUGGAAAGGAAAUAAGAGAAGCCAUUUCGGCACCAACUGAAGAAUGUCAACGAAAGGCUUAUCUAACAGUGGCACCAUUGGUGGCGAAACUCAAAAGAUUCUACGAAUUUUCUCUCGAGCUCGAGGGUGUCGUUCCAAAAAUUCUUGGUCAGCUAUGUUCGGGAAAUAUGUCGCCAACUCAGCAUUUGGAAACCCAACAAGCACUUGUGAAGCAGCUUGCUGAAAUUUUAGAAUUUGUCUUAAAAUUCGACGAACACAAAAUGAAAACGCCAGCGAUACAAAAUGACUUUAGUUAUUAUCGAAGAACAUUGACGAGGGCUUCACUGACGCAUCAGGGGAGCACUGAAAAGGAUCUCGUUGUCGGCAAUGAAUUAGCAAAUCGAAUGUCAUUGUUCUAUGCACACGCAACGCCAAUGCUUCGAGUUCUCAGUCAUGCCACCAUUACAUUUUUAAUGUUGAACAACGACAUACCGAGGGAAAAUAUUACUGAAACGUUGGGUACAAUGGCCAAAGUGUGUCUUAGAAUGCUAGAAAAUCCAAACUUAUUGGCUCAAUUUCAACGAGAGGAGACGCAACUCUUUGUUUUAAGGGUGAUGGUUGGACUUGUCAUUUUAUAUGAUCAUGUUCAUCCCCAAGGAGCUUUUGUUAAGGGAUCAAAUGUUGACGUGAAAGGCUGUGUAAAAUUAUUGAAGGACCAACCGCCUUGUAAAAGUGAGGGUCUUCUAAAUGCACUGCGUUACACAACGAAACACCUGAACGAGGUAAAUACCCCAAAAAAUAUAAAGAACUUACUAGCGGCAUGAUUACCAAAACAAAGUGGCUGCUGCAUUAGAAGUUAAAAGCAAAGUGUGUCAGUUAUAAGCAAAAAAAAAAAAAAAAAAAUACUGUACACCAUAGAGGUAUGUUCCAUUUUUUUAAAUUUUUUAUUUAAUUACUAUACACAAUCAGUUGCAAAAUAUUCUGACGAAAGAGCAACGCAUAAUCCAUGACUAUCAUUGUGCAAGGAAUUGGAAAUUUUCCAAAAGACUAUCAAUUGAUACCACAAAAAAUUAUUUACUUUGUCGUGAAUAAUUUUUAAUUGAAAAUUAUUUACUGUGAAUAAUUUUAAUUAUUCCAUUGUCGCUACUAUUACUGCAAUAUUCAUAUUCUUCC